CUCUGCCCACCGGCCCAGUCCGUUACAACCGCCCCAGGACAGCAAAUGGGCAGCCGCUGCAAAACAGCCGGCCACCAGGUUGCCCCUCUCUGCUCCAGCUAGAAAGACUUGAGUUAGGCGAGCAGAAGCACACGCCUCCCUACCUUAUGGCGACAGAAAACGGAGCAGUCGAGCUGGGAAUCCAGAGCCCAUCAACAGAUGAGGCGCCCAAAGGUGCAAUAGGCGAAGGACCCCCAGCUGCAGAGAAAGACCCUGGUCCCCCAGACCCAAAGAAAGACCCUGGCCCUCCAGAGGCAAAGAAAGAAUCUGGCCCCCCAGAGCCUGAAAAAGAACCUGGGUCCCCAGAUGCAAAGAAAGAACCUGGUUCCCCAGGCGCAGAAAAAGAAUCUGGUCCCACAGGCCCAAAGAAAGAACCUGCCCCCCUAGAGCCAAAGAAAGAACCUGCCCCCCUAGAGCCAAAGAAAGAACCUGGCCCCCCAGAUGCAAAGAAAGAAUCUGUUCCCCCAGGCGCAGAAAAAGAAUCUGACCUCCCAGACCCAAAGAAAGAACCUGCCCCCCUAGAACCAAAGAAAGACCCUGGCCCCCCAGACCCCAAAAAAGAACCUGGCCCCGCAGGCCCAAAGAAAGAACUUGGCCCCCCAGACUCAAAGAAAGAAUCUAGACCACCCACCCUGAAGAAAGGUGCCAAGGUCCCUGCCCCAGAGAAAGGGGAUGGUGCCCUGGCCCAACCCUCAACUAGCAGCCAGGGUCCGGAGGGGGAAGGCGACUUGGGCGGGGGGCCUGCGGAGGGCAGUGCCGGGCAGCAGGCAGCUCUGCCCCAGGAGACCGCAACAGCAGAGGCCAGUUUCAAGGAGCCCAACGCUGAGCAGGGGAUCUCAGGCAGCCAGGAACUCGGAGAGCCCAAGGCGCAAAAGAAGGCAGCAGAGGGCCAAGAAGAGGCCAGGAGGGGCUCCCCUGCCUUUAUGCACAGUCCCAGCUGCCCAGCCGUCAUCUCCAGCCCCGAGAAGCUGCUGGCCCAGGAGCCCCCAAAUGAGGCAUCGGAGCUCAUCUUUGAAGGGGUGCCUGUGACCCCUAGCCCCGUGGAUCCCGGGCAAACCAAGGCAACAGAAGGAGGGAAGAACAUUCUGGAAGGCAGCCAGAAGGAAGCAGAAGAGAAGGCUUCGGGCCAGGCUGGCCAGGCUAAGGUGCAAGGGGACACCUCGAGGGGGAUCGAGUUCCAGGCUGUGCCCUCGGAGACAUCGGAGGUUGGGCAGGCCCUCUGUCUCAAAGCCAGGGAGGAGGACUGCUUCCAGAUUUUGGAUGAUUGCCCUCCGCCCCCCGCUCCCUUCCCCCACCGCAUCGUGGAACUGAGGACCGGGAAUGUCAACAGUCAAUUCAGCAUGAACUCCAAGGAGACACUGGGCGGUGGCAAGUUUGGCGCUGUCUGUACCUGCACAGAGAAAGCCACAGGCCUCAAGUUGGCAGCUAAGGUCAUCAAGAAACAGACACCCAAAGACAAGGAAAUGGUGAUGCUUGAGAUCGAGGUUAUGAACCAGCUGAACCACCGCAAUCUGAUCCAGCUGUAUGCGGCCAUCGAGACCCCACAUGACAUGAUCCUGUUCAUGGAGUACGUCGAGGGCGGUGAGCUCUUCGAGAGGAUUGUGGAUGAGGACUAUCAGCUGACGGAGGUGGACACCAUGGUGUUUGUCAGGCAGAUUUGCGACGGGAUCCUCUUCAUGCACAAGAUGAGAGUGCUGCACCUGGACCUCAAGCCAGAGAACAUCCUGUGCGUCAACACCACUGGCCACUUGGUGAAGAUCAUUGACUUUGGCCUGGCACGGAGGUAUAACCCCAAUGAGAAGCUGAAGGUGAAUUUUGGGACCCCGGAGUUCCUGUCACCUGAGGUGGUGAAUUACGACCAAAUCUCCGAUAAGACAGACAUGUGGAGUAUGGGGGUCAUCACCUACAUGCUGCUAAGUGGCCUCUCGCCCUUCCUGGGAGAUGAUGACACAGAGACCCUAAACAAUGUUCUAUCUGGCAACUGGUACUUUGACGAGGAGACCUUCGAGGCUGUGUCAGAUGAGGCCAAAGACUUUGUCUCCCAUCUCAUUGUCAAGGACCAGGGGGCCCGCAUGAGCGCUGCCCAGUGCCUUGACCACCCCUGGCUCAACAACCUGGCAGAGAAAGCCAAGCGCUGUAAUCGACGCCUCAAGUCCCAGAUCUUGCUUAAGAGAUACCUCAUGAAAAGGCGCUGGAAGAGAAACUUCAUUGCUGUCAGCGCUGCCAACCGCUUCAAGAAGAUCAGCAGCUCAGGGGCACUGAUGGCUCUGGGGGUCUGAGCCCCAGAAGUGGCUGAGGCCUGGACGCAGCCGCAUAGUGCUCAGGGCUGAGGCCACACAGCCCAGAAGGCCAGAGCAGAUGGGCCAGACCCCAGGGUGGGCUGGCCAGGACAAGGCUGCGCCAGGCCGGGAGGCUCCCCACGCCUCCACGCAGCGACUGCUUCCCCGACGAGAGCCGCCUCAGAUGUGGCCUGAAUCCAUCCUGCUAACGCCUCCCCAAACAGGGCUCUGGCCCAACAGCCACAGCCUAGGUGCCACAGGCCGGGCCCCAUUGUUCCCUCCCUGGCCCCCCCUCUUGGAACUGCUGUCCUGGUGACCCCUGCUUGGCCCCACCUGGGCAUCCCUGACCUGGGCUUGCUCCUAGCUAAAGUGGGAGGGCUGGGGGUCCCAGUGUGUGGGGCUUCUGUGGUUAUGGAUGGGAGGUUUUUGGUGAGGCAGGAAGGCAGCAAAGCCGAUUCCUGAGGCCCAGCUGCCAGGGAGACAGAGCAGGCUUUGUGAAAGAGGACCUCCAUGCCCCGGCCCGCCUCCCCACUCCCAACAGAUAAGGCUUAGCACACACCAUCUGGCCCAGCCUGGCC